AGAAUCGACCUGUUCUGUUUCCAUUGCUUUUCCUGCAAAGGCUAGACACGUGACUUCCCAGCUCUCCAUUUGUCUCAGGGCGCCAACAUCCAAAGAAAGAUACAAAAGCCCCAUAUUUUUCCGUUUAAAAAAAAAAAAAAAAAGUAAGUUAGACUUUCAGUGUUUGUGAGUGGAAUAAAAAAGAGCUUGGCUUCUUAGAACUAUCAGCAUAGACCCCGGCAGAAGCCUCCCCGCCUCCAACAGGUGAGGUUCCGUCCAGCUGCUCUACUGAGCAUCAGUAGGUCCCUCAGGUCUUCCCUGUUUUCUUUGUGGAGUGCGAGGCUCAGGUUCGGCGGGGUUUAAUGAUUAACAGCUGGUAUUUGAACAUGUGGUUCUGCGAGCCUUUGGCAAGCAGGCAUACACUAAUGGAAGUUUGCCCAACUGCUAAGAGAAAUGCAGACAAAUCCGAGUUCUCUAGCAAUCCCUCUGGGCAUCAUUUUUUUUUUUUUUUUUUUUUUUUUGGGAAGACAGUAAAAUAAGACAAAAAGAGCAAGCAACUCGACCGACGAACAUUUUUGAUAUGCCGAGAUUUUAAGGGCCUUGCGGAAGUGCUCCACAAAGAGACAAGGUUGCAUAACAUUGGGAACCAGUUAAAGUAAAUAUUAGUGAGCGUUACCUGCAUAAGUUCAUGUAGAGGAGGAUGAAGACUAUUUCGGAAGAAGAGAAACACUCUUGCUGAGAAUGCUGCAAACAAGCAAACAAAAUGUUCUCAGGAUGAUUUUAUUAUAUCAAGUGGUACAUUUCAUUUUAUUUGCCUCCGUUUCUGGUGACUGUGUGACUGAGCUGUUCACAGACACCUGCUUCGAAGGAGGAGACAUCACUACCGUCUUCACACCAAGUGCCAGGCAUUGCCAGCUCGUCUGCACCCACCACCCACGCUGUUUGCUUUUCACCUUCAUGGCUGAAUCGUCUUCUCAAGAUCCUGCCAAAUGGUUUACUUGUAUCCUGAAAGACAGUGUAACAGAAACACUGCCAAGGGUGAAUAUGACAGGAGCCAUAUCUGGAUAUUCUUUCAAGCAAUGCUCACACCAAAUAAGUGCUUGCAACAAAAAGGUGUAUGUGGGCUUGGACAUGAAAGGCAUGAACUAUAAUGGCUCAAUCGCUAGGAAUGUUCAGGAAUGCCAAGAGAGGUGUACAAAUGAUGUGCACUGUCACUUUUUCACAUAUGCAACAAGCCAGUUUCCCAGCGCAGAGCAUCGUAACAUUUGUCUACUGAAGUACACCCAAAUGGGGCUACCAACCAGAAUAAUGAAGCUCGGUUCAGUGGUGUCUGGAUUUUCACUGAAAUCCUGUGCGCUUUCUAACCUGGCUUGCAUUAGGGACAUUUUCCCUGGUACGGCGUUUGCAGACAGUAACAUUGACAGUGUCGUGGCUCCAGAUGCCUUUGUCUGUCGCCGCAUUUGUACUCACCAUCCCAGCUGUUUGUUUUUUACCUUCUUUUCUCAAGAAUGGCCAAAGGAAUCUGAAAGAAAUCUUUGUCUCCUGAAAACAUCUGAAAGUGGAUUACCGAGCACGCGCAUUAAAAAGAGCAAAGCUCUUUCUGGGUUCAGUCUGCAAAGCUGCAGGCACAGUGUCCCAGUGUUUUGUCACUCCUCAUUUUACCACGACACUGAUUUCUUGGGAGAAGAACUGGAUAUUGUUGAUGCAAAAGGGCAUGAAGCUUGCCAGAAAAUGUGUACUGACACCAUACGUUGCCAGUUUUUUACCUAUUCCCCAUCUCCAGAAUCUUGCAACGGAGGGAAGGGUAAAUGUUACUUAAAACUUUCUUCAAAUGGAUCUCCAACUAAAAUACUUCAUGGGAGAGGAGGCAUCUCUGGAUAUACAUUAAGGUUAUGUAAAAUGGAUAAUGUGUGUACAACCAAAAUCAAACCCAGAAUUGUUGGAGGAACGGCAUCUGUUCAUGGCGAGUGGCCAUGGCAGAUAACUUUGCAGAUCACGUCACCUAGCCAGAGACACCUGUGUGGAGGCUCCAUCAUUGGAAACCGGUGGAUACUAACAGCUGCGCACUGUUUCGAUGAGAUAGAGUCACCUAAAAUCUUGCGUGUCUAUAGUGGCAUUCUAAACCAAUCAGAAAUUAAAAAGGACACAUCUUUCUUUGGGGUUCAAGAAAUAAUAAUUCAUGAUCAAUAUGAAGUGGCAGAAAGUGGGUAUGAUAUUGCCUUGUUGAAACUGGAAACCGCAAUAAAUUACACAGAUGCUCAGAGGCCCAUAUGUCUACCUUCCAAAGGAGAUAGAAAUGUAAUAUAUACUGAUUGCUGGGUGACUGGAUGGGGGUACAGAAAGUUAAGAGGCAAAAUACAAAAUACUCUCCAGAAAGCUAGCAUACCCUUGGUGACGACUGAAGAAUGCCAGAUAAGAUACAGAAGGCAUAAAAUAACGAAUAAGAUGAUCUGUGCAGGCUAUAAAGAGGGAGGGAAGGAUGCUUGUAAGGGAGACUCAGGGGGCCCCCUGUCCUGUAAACACAACGAGGUCUGGCAUUUGGUGGGCAUCACCAGCUGGGGAGAAGGCUGUGGUCAAAGGGAACGGCCAGGGGUUUACACCAACGUGGUUAAGUAUGUGGACUGGAUUUUGGAGAAAACCCAAGCAGUGUGAAAGAGUCCCCACAUGCCAUUUGACACCUGAAAGGCAAACCAGAUUAUUUCUGGGAGGAGAGUUUUGAUUGCACUGAAGACAGAGGCUGGGCCGCCAUUUUCCUGCACAGGUUAUGGUACUGAGAUAGUAACGCAUUGAAGGCGGUGGGUAUUUGUGAGAACGUGCCAAGAGAAACAAAUGAUCAUCUUCAAAAAUUCCAUUCUAUGAUAAUUGUUGUUUUCAGCAUCCAGUCUCUUGGUUUUUGAUCACAUGUUACUGGGCCAAAGAAAUACUCUAUGGUGAUUUUUUAACAAUUCAAGUAUUGAUAUUUUUUAACAA